AUGUCGCCCUAUGCAUUGAAAACUUACAACCUAUCAUUCAAUAUAAAGAAAACAUUACUUAACCAAUUUUCCUGUUUUUCUUCGAGUGUUUUCUUAAGUUUGACAGACCUAACCUUUCACUUAAAACUUGUCUCACUGGACAAAAAUAUGGCUAAAGGAAAGAAAAACUCUAUGAAAAAGCGUUCUGAAGAAACACAUCAAAAUGGCUCUGGUGGUAAAAGAAUCAACACAUCCAAAGUUGAUAAUGAAGAGCCAAUAGCAAAACGUCUGAAAGAAAGUAAAUGGUAUCCUGGAAAAUUUGUUCUUCUCAAACAUUCUCAAGGAAAUAGUCAAAAUAGCAAAGAAUCUAGUUCCAAGAGCCAUAAAAAGAAUACUUCAUCAUCAGAAGAAUCGAGUAAUGAAGAAACGGAAAGCAAAACAAAUGAAGAUGACAGCAAUAAUUCACAAAAUAUUCAGUCAAAU